GUUACUCUGUUACAUACUUGAAGUGUCUAUUUAUUGCAACUAAGGCUAAGGCUAAGGCCGAGGGCAUGGAGCUUGUAGAAAUCCUUGUCUUCUCGGUCCCUUUUCUUCUCCUUUCUUACAAGCUAUGGCGGUUUCUCGACUGCCGCCGGAAUCGGCAGCCGUACAUUCUCGACUACGAAUGCUACAUGCCGAAAGACGAUCGAAAACUCAACACAAAACUCAGCGGCGAAAUCGUUCUACGGAACAAAAACCUCGGCCUCCAUGAGCACCAAUUCCUCCUCAAAGCCAUCGUCAAUUCCGGCAUUGGCGAAGAGACUUACGGCCCGAAAAUUGUGUUCGAUGGCCGCGAAGCGUCCCCGGUGCUCGACGACGCGCGGUUGGAAAUGGAUGAUUUCUUGCACGAUAGCAUUGGGAAGCUAUUCGCGAGGACCGGGAUCUCACCCUCGGAGAUUGACGUCCUCGUCGUGAACGUAUCCAUGCUUGCGACGGUCCCGUCGCUCGCGUCGCGGAUAAUAAAUAUCUACAAAAUGCGCGACGAUGUGAAGGCGUACAACGUCACGGGUAUGGGGUGCAGUGCGAGCCUAAUAUCGAUCAACAUAGUUCAAAACGUGUGCGCGAGCCGCGGCAACGUGCACGCCCUCGUCGUCACCUCCGAGUCCCUAAGCCUCAAUUGGUACUCGGGGAACGACAAGUCGAUGAUCCUCGCGAACAGCCUAUUCCGGACCGGAGGCUGCGCGAUGAUCCUAACGAACAAACCGUCGUUGCGCCGCAACGCCAUGUUCAAGCUGAAAAUCCUCGUCCGGACGCACCACGGCGCCCGCGACGACGCCUACAAUUGCUGCCAACAAAAGGAAGACGACAAAGGUCUCCUCGGAUUCUUCCUCGGCAAGAACCUCCCGAAGGCCGCGACGCAGGCAUUCAUCGAAAACCUCAACGAAAUUGCGCCGCGGAUAUUACCGAUUCGCGAACUUCUCCGAUUCACCAUCGUGUCGUACUUCCGUAAGCUCUGCCGGAGGCAGAGCAAGGCUGGAGCCGGCGCCGGCGCCGGCAGGGCGGGAAUUAAUUUCAAAACAGGGGUGGAUCAUUUCUGCCUGCACACCGGCGGGAAGGCGGUGAUCGACGCGAUAAAGCAGAGCCUGAGCUUGACGGAGCAGGAGGUGGAGCCGGCGAGGAUGACGUUGCACCGAUUCGGGAACACGUCAGCAAGCAGUCUGUGGUAUGUUCUGGCGUACAUGGAGGCGAAGAGGAGGUUGAAGAAGGGGGAGAGGAUAUUUAUGAUAAGCUUUGGAGCAGGGUUUAAAUGUAACAGCUGUGUGUGGGAGGUGACGAGGGAGCUGGAAGGGGAGAAUAAUGUGUGGAAGGAGUUCGUGCACAGGUAUCCGUUGAAUUUGAAGGAGCUUGCGAAUCCUUUCUUGAGCAGGUAUGGAUGGCUGCGGGAGAAGGAUCCUGCGACAUUUUCGCUGCCCCAUGAUUAUGUUGUCCCUGACUGACUCUGAUUCGUCUUAACUGAUUUGAUUUUGUGUUUUUGCUUUGCUGUUUGAUGGUUGGUGUUCUUGGUUGUUGUUGCUAGUUUGUAAGAUUUGAUCCGAGGAUAUAGGUAAUAGAUUAUUGAUAUAUUGUUUAUGUAUCUGUGGUGAUAUUGAAGAUUAUAAUAAUGCAAGAAGUUAAGGGUUUA